AUGCCGAGGAGUCAUUUUUCGACCAGCCCAAAAGAGGACCUCAAUCCGAACCCGCCUCAGACGCCGGUGGCCCACUUGACGUGCCAUCGUCACCGGAAGAAGGGCAUUGGGAUCAAGACCUGGCUUGUGGUCGACUCGACAGGAGAGGCCCGGAUCAUCGACAUGGGGAAGCACGCGAUCAUAUGGCGGACAGGGCUAUCGGCGCGGGACCUGCGGAUCCUGGAUCCGUCAUCGUCCUACCCGUCCACCGUGACGGGGCGGGAGAGGGCACUGGUGAUCAAGCUUGAGCACAUAAAGGGAGUGAUCACGGCCAGGGACGUUUGGCUGCUGAACCCCAAGGCUCCCACGGUGGCUCCUUUCGUGGAGGAGCUCAAGCGCCGGUGCUCACAUCAUUAUCAGGCCAACGCCAUGAAGGUCAACAGAACCAGUGGUGAUGUAGAGCAAUCUGAGGAAGGUUUACCUCAAGUUGUUGAAGCUACCCAGGAGAACGUAUCGCACCAUCGAGAGGUUAACCAACAACAUGAUAGAUCAGAGACUCUUCCUUUUGAGUUUGUGGCCUUAGAGGCAUGCCUUGAAGCUGCAUGCACUAGUUUAGACGAUGAGGCAAAAGCAUUAGAGCAAGAGGCUAAUCCUGCUUUGGACAAGCUAACCUCGAAGAUUAGUACCCGUUCCCUUGAGCAGGUCCGGCAGAUUAAAGCUCGCUUGGUCGGGUUGACUGGACGAGUUCAAAAGAUAAGGGACGAGAUCGAGCAUCUUCUUGAGGAUGACGGAGACAUGGCAGAGAUGUACUUGACCAACAAAUUACUCCAAGAUGAAAUUGGCAAGUCGUCGUCUUCUUCUUCCUCGAUCACCGUCGAGGAAGAUGAACAUCGUGAACUAGAUAAUAAAGAAAGGAAUCGUGAAGGAGAUGACAGAAUCACGGCAGAUGAGUGUUCGAGUUCUCUGCACAACUCGCUGAACGAUGAUGAAGUGGAAGGAGGAACCAAAGAUAGCAACUCGCAUGGUGGCUUGAGUAUGAGCCAGCACUUUGAUGGCUCAAGCAAGCACCUUGAUGUGGCUGAAUUGGAAACGCUCCUAGAGGCAUACUUUGUGCAACUUGAUGGCACAUUCAACACGCUAUCCGUGCUAAGGGAACACAUUCAAGACACGGAGGACUAUGUGAACGUAAUGUUGGAUGACAAGCAAAACAAUCUGCUGCAAAUGGGAGUGGUUAUAUCGACCGCGACGUUAUUCAUCACCAUGUUCAUCGACGUGACCGGAGUAUUCAGCAUGGACUUCAGAUUUAACCUCCUCCACCCUCCAAAUCCAACAAUCAAUUAUUUCCUCUGGACAACAGGCGGAUACGCCAUCGGGAUGAUUGUCUUGUAUGCUAUUGCAAUGGCAUGGUACAAGCAUAAACGGUUUAUAUAG